AUGGAAACGAUUACCAUCCCGUCGCCUACGGCCUUCCUGGCUUCGCCCGUGCUGAAACCAGCUCCGGAACCUCCUCCCCUUCCCCCUCCCCCUCUGAAACGCAGGCCAGCUGCUACCAACAAGACAACCACGAAUGGCAAAAAACUAAGUGGUGUUGUGAAGCCAAAGCAAUCCAAGAGUCGCAAUGGAUGUAUAACAUGCAAAGCAAAACGAUUAAAAUGCGACGAGACGAAGCCGUCCUGCCAACAGUGUCAUAAGCGAAGCGUAACUUGUGGAGGAUACAAGAAAGAUUUCAAGUGGAGGCCAUUUGAAGAGACAACCUUCAAUACCAAAGUCGCCCCUCCACGGCCAAAUAGAAGUACGACCAUUCCGCAUUUCAUACUCGCGAGUACACCAUGGCUGAUUCUUUGCGGGUUAUUUGCAGAUGCUGUAGUAUCAAACAACGACCCACAACCCGAGCCAGCUCCAAGUCCCUCCGAUGCAUCCACCACGUCAACGCCCGGCGCUGAGCCAGAUGUUUCUAUGCAGGAGUCUUUCUUCCAGGCUGCGGCGCCGACAAUUCCAUCUCCUUCAUUCACACCACCACCGAUUUUCGGUCCUCCGAACCUGGAUGUCGACCAUGCUCCUAUUUUUGACAUGAGCCCUCCUCCAUAUAUGGGAGAGCUACCCCGCCCUCGAUUUGAAGCAGACUGUAUAGCAAGGAGCCUGAGCAGCUUGUUCGAUGACUCUGCACCACCAGAUACAUCAAGACCGAGCUUCUCCGGGCAGUCUCCGAGUAUAAUAGAUUUGCUGUUGCCAGGGUCGGAGCUCAGUCCUAGACGGGGAACAGUCACUAUGCCACCUUCGACGACAAAUACAACUCCGAUCAUGGGACCGUCUCUAUUAAUGGAUCACAGCCUUUUCACCAUGGAUCCAUUAGACGAUGAUGUUGAAGAGAUUAUCAGGGUGCCACGGGUGUCAGAGGCAGAUAUGUGGAUGGUGCGGAAUCCGGUACAUUCGAGAUCAUCAACCACGUCGCCGACCAUCCCCCAAGACGACCCUAACAACAAGAUCUACCGCCAACCGGAGGUGCUAGCUGGGAGCGCAGAAAUGCUCAUGCUCAGAUUCGAUAAACAGACUUGUGGGAUCUUGUCAGUCAAGGAUGGGCCAACCGAGAAUCCUUGGAGAACUUUGAUAUGGCCUCUGGCAAGGGAGUCACCCGCUUUGUACCAUGCCAUUGCAUCCCUAACUGCGUUCCAUACCUCGAAGGAGAAGCCUGCACUAAGAGUGGAUGGGAUGGAACACAUGAGGAAGAGUAUCCGGUCUCUGGCCACUAAUAUUGAGAAGAUGAGGACAGACACAGCAUUGGCUACGACACUGGUUCUGGCUUUCUCAGAGUCAUGGGAUCAACACAUCUCUACUGGGAUCGAACACCUGCGCGGAGCGAGGAUCUUGGUAAAGCAAGCGCUUGCUUCGCAAAGGAAGAGUAAUGUGUCAGGAGACGACUUCGCUCGCUUACGGUUUCUAUGCAAUACUUGGGUCUACAUGGACGUUAUUGCUCGCCUGACCUCUGUGGAAGAAGACGACUCCAAUGGCUUCGAAGACGUUCUUGCGCCUCUUAAUGGGCCUUUUCACAGCAACGAAAUCGAUCCGCUCAUGGGCUGUGCUUCGUCUCUAUUUCCUCUAAUCGGUCGCGUGGCCAAUCUUUGUCGCAAGGUACGGAGAGUCAAGUCAAAUUCUAUUGCAAUCAUUAGCCAGGCGAUGGAGUUGAAGGAGGCUAUUGUUCAAUGGUCACCGCCUCCGUUGCUAGAAAUCGAGAGACCGGAAGACCCAACAUCAGAGAUUCAACAUGCACUUCAAACAGCAGAGGCUUAUCGCUACUCAACACUCCUCUACCUCCAUCAAGCAGUGCCCGAGAUUCCAUCCUGGACAUCUGCCCAACUUGCCAAAAAGGUUCUCGUUUAUCUCGCUACUGUGCCCCUCAGCUCCAGGCUAGUGAUCGUGCAAAUUUAUCCCCUCUUGGCAGCUGGUUGUGAAGCCUACGACAACGAAGACCGACAGUGGGUUGAAGAGCGUUGGCAAUCAAUGGCAUCCCGAAUGUGGAUCGGUAACAUCGACCGCUGCUGGGAAGUCAUGCAGGAAGUCUGGUCUCGUCGCGACGCUGCCGAGGCCGCUAAGAAUGCAGCCGAGAAAGGCAAGAUGCGCCCAGCGACGUCGAUGAUGAUCUAUUCUGAAAGCAGCAAGCGGAAGUUCGAAGAAGAGCUCGCCAUGGACGGCAUGUUCUCCUUCUCGGAAAUGUUGAAUGACACGGCUUCUAGUGCGAAGUGGCAGCGCGGAGCGAGGAGUGUGAGUGGCAGCUUCCCGCCCAAUACGGCGACGGAGAGGAGGAGGAUCCACGAGCCAUUAGACGAAGAGAUGGAUGUGGAAGUCACAGUACGGGGACGGAUGCACUGGGUUGGCGUUAUGAAGGACUGGGGGUGGGAAACAGCCGGUAUUCGAAACCUCUGCUCCGUGGCGAUCGACGCGAGGUCUCCUUUUACACCUCAACAAAUAUCAAUCAAUACCCAAGGAGCUCCAGAUACCCCCAAAUCUCCCUGCCUCCCUGCCUACCUACCUACCCAAUCGCUCAGGAUGCAAGCAGCAGAGCGGCUCAACUCUGACGAGGAGAAGGCAAACGACGCCACUCCAUACUCGCCAACGAGUGCUACUCACCAUGGCGAUAUGGGCCUUUCGAAAUUGGAAAGCGAAGAUAUCUUGGCUCCGGCGAACACUGCCUCGACGAUUCAGAACAAGCGAACUCUCGGCCUCGUGAUGACCAUGGCGGGUUUCAGUAUCACAUUCGUGGUUGCUGAAGUGAUCCCGCUGUUCCUGAUCACCCUCUUCACCGUCAUUGCCUACGACUUGGGCGCUGGCGAGCUUGCCAUCUGGCUCCUCGUCACUCAAUUCAUUGCGAUCGGUUCCACCGUUCCCUUCGUUGGGCCUCUGGUGGAUUUGCUGGGUCGUAAGAGCACAACCCUCUUUAGUCUGUUCCUCACGGUCAUAUCCAUGAUCCUGUUAGGCACGACCCAAAACAUUGCUGGUGCCAUCGGUGCUAUGGUCAUAUCCGGAAUGGGCAUCGGAAUCCAACUGCUCACAUCUAUCGCCGCUGUCACUGAGCUUGUUCCCAUCUCCCAACGCGGUAUCACGAUUGGCUACAUCGUCAUGGGCUUCAUACCCUUCGCACCGGCCUCCCUCUACGGACAACUUCUCACCGAGGCAAGCUGGCGCUACGUUCCCAUUGUUAUCGGCGGCUUAGCCAUCAUCGGCUUCGUCAUUCUUGCUAUCUGGUACAAGCCACCCCCACGUAUCAACUCUCUGGGUUUGAGCAAGAUGGACGUCCUCAAGCGCCUCGACUGGAUUGGUGCUUUCCUUUCCAUUUCCGGCGUCACGAUCUUCCUGGUCGGCCUGAAUUGGGGAAACCAGCCAUACCCGUGGCACUCGGCUCAUGUUAUUGCCUGUCUGACGGUGGGCCUCGCCCUCUUGGUCAUCUUUGUCGUCUACGAGAAGUUCUUCGUCAAAUAUCCACUGUUCCCGGGUACAUUGAUUCAGCAUCCGCGCCUCUUCUGGGUGAUCUGCUUUCUCUGCCUGACAGCCGGAGUCAACUUCAUUCCCGUUGUCGUUUUCUGGAUCAUCCAGGUCUACACGGUAUAUGGAGCAUCUUUCCGAGAUGCCGGAAUCUAUCUUCUGCCCAUCGGUUUCUGUAUUACCGGAGGCGCCAUCAUCAGUGCCGCCUUGAUGACGGCCUUCAAGAAAAAAAUCCACUUCGUGCUCCUCUUCUUCUGCAUCAUGCAAACCGCUGGCCUCGGCUCUAUGGCUGCCAUCAACCCUGAAAACAUCAACACGGCAUGGGCACCACUCGUCAUUGGUCUCAUUGGAGUGGGUGGUGUCCUUCUUCCCAGUCAAGUCGUCUUCUCCAUCAUCAGUCCCGAUGAAUUGAUCGGAACCUCAAUCGCGCUGUCGAUUGUGAUCCGUUCCAUCGGCCAAGUCAUCGGCGUCUCCAUGUUCUACAACCUGUUCCACAAGCACAUCGCAGACCUUGCAUCGCACGAUCUCCGGAUCUUCUACCUCCCCGCCAUCCUCAACGGUUUCACCCCCGGCUUGGACGCUCAAGCAGACGUCGCGGAACUCAUCACUACUCUGUCUGCCGGCCCAUUCUCCGCGUAUGCAGACCACUUUAACAUCACGGAUCCGGCCAAGAUUGCCGCCAUCCAGGAAGCCGGCCACAAUCUGUACAAGGGCGCUUUCCCGGAGCUGUACCUUGUAUCGAUUGCGUUUGGUGGCGCUGCUGUCAUCUCGUGCUUUGGACUCUUUGGGAUCUCCGACUUCAUCAACGAGAACGUUGCGGUCCACUUGUGA